GAGAGAGAGAGAGAGAGAGAGAGAAAGGAAGUUGAGGGAAAAAAUGGGGUAUGUGCUGAGAGUGAGAUUGGCGUCGUUCUUCAGUGGGGCUGCAACGGCGUCGUUUGCGGGUCUCUAUAUCCUCCAUAGGGAUUACAAGCUCGCGCACCAAUCCUUUACUCAACAGAUGAAUGACCUCCACCAGUCACUAGAAAGUCGAAUUUCUACCUUGGAAAAACUGAAACAAACGGAAGCUUCUGAACAGGUGGGAUCAACAGAAUAAGUGUCCGGACUGAGGCAUCCAUUGUGGUUAAUUGUUGGAAAAAAAUUUAUUUUGUUGUACUCAUGAAAAGUGACUUUUCACUGUUUGCUUUCGUCAGGAAUAAGUUCCAUUUGACUCAUUUUAUGGUACCCCAUAUGGCCGAACAUUUUCACCUGAAGAGUACGGAUCAGUUCUGUAUCCAGAUGUAGUUUGGAUCAUUUGUUCAGCCUAGAGCAUUUUCCUUUUUUCGCGGUUAUAUGUGGUAAUUAGCGAAUAUCUGGGUUACAUUUCCCCCCCUU